AUGUUCAUAAGCUUCGCGACGGCCAACACGCCAUCGAGGGCUUACAUCACCGGCGCGGUUCUAGCGAAUUUGCCGCAUCUGGGCCUGAGUGUGUUGUAUCUUGCAUACAACAACCUCUUCACCAGGAUCUUUAUCGCACUGGAGUUCCGCUCGUUGUCGACACAACGCCGCGGGUUGCGGGCUAGCAUGCUAAAGGAAGAGAUGGAUCAGCGGAGCACCUAUUUUGUGCAGUUUCCACUUCGAUAUAGUUUGGCGGUGAUUGGCUUCUUCGUGCUUCUACACACUCUUCUCUCAGAGACGCUGUUCUUGCAACGAACAUACGCCGUUUGGCCAGGGCGCUUCGACGAGCCAAAGGACAUUGGCAAAUUUCUGGUGUCUAAGAUCGGCGUCUCACCGCUGGCAACCCUUGCUUUCAGCCUGGUGUUGUCGGUUCUGGUGGUCUCCUCGAUUGCUAUUGCCUUUUGGAAGGUGGACUGA